CCCGAUUGUUCAAACUUAUCCACGAUAAUCUAGAGCCGGGUGGUUGGGUCGAAUUCCAAGAGUGGAUCCUUCAUGUGCAAUCCUCGGAUCGGUCUCUUGACGGCACAGCCCUACAGAAGUGGAACAAGAACCUGACUGAAGGUAUCAAAAACAUGGGGAGAUCCAUCUUUUACGUCCUCGAUUACAAACCGAUGUUGGAGAAGACAGGAUUCCAGAACAUUGUAGAAUUAAAAUACGCGAUACCGACUAAUGCGUGGGCCCCUGGCAAACAGAGUCAGAAGAUUGGUACCUUGCAGCGAACCAAUGUACUGCAGGUACUUGACGUUUAUUCGCUAGCAAUAUUUACGCAAGGGCUUGGGUGGAGCAAGGAGGCGAUAGAGAAAUUGUUGGCCGAAACGCGAAAGGACAUUGAGAAUACACGAAUCCACUCGUAUACUACACUAAUGACGGUGUACUGCCAAAAACCCCAGUCAUCUUCGGCGUCGUCGUUUGAUACAGCGUACCAACCAACAAGAACCACAACUUGGCAACAGAGGCCAUCUGUAUCAUGAACACCUAUAAGCGAAGGGUGUACUUGUAGUUAAGGCUUUGGGUUUUGGGGGAGGGAAAGGUAUAGGACAGGGUGGAGGGUUAAUGGGAUG